GACCGGGCGGUAGUCAUUAAAGGCACAGGAUCUCGUAGAAAAAGCCACCGUGUGCGGGCCCUCACACCAGCGCGGUGCAGGCGCAGCUCCAGCCCUGGAGUGGGAGGGUGGACGAUGGCUCUGCCUGCCCAGCAGGUACCUGACCGGCCUUGUGCCGGGCGUUAGGGCUCCACAGGUGAAAACCAGAGCUUGCCGGGAAUAGCGGCGUCAGUGCCCAGAGGCACGGCGCAGGCGUGUGCUGCUGGACGCUGACCGCCCCUCCUGAGGAGCGCGUCAUGCGGUGAUGUCACCGUCGCAUGCAAUCAGAGGGUGCCGACACGGAGCGGGACAGCCACCCACCGCCGUCUUCCUAGGGGUGAGAGACGUUUGCCCGGGAGACUGCGCUGGGCCCUGUGGAGAGCAUGACGCAUGGUCAGCCCUGAGUCUCCUGCAUCGUCCUGGGGAGGCGUAAACGGCUCACGGCGAAGGCAGGGAGCAGGCAGCUUCCUGGCGCGGGGCUUGGCUCACGGCGAAGGCAGGGAGCAGGCGACCGGGCAGCUUUCACAGCAGAUUCCAGAAAGUCCAGGGUGAACAGUGCGGGAAGGACACCAUCGUGUCAGGUCACGGCCCACCCUGAAGACGUCGCUUUGACUUCAUUAUCUCUUUAAAGAUUUGGUCUGCAAGUGUGUUUUCUGAGGCGCGAGGGGUUAGGGCCUGGACGUCUGAAUGGGUGGGGCCGGCAGGUCAGCCACAGCAGACACUCCACGAGCUGUGACCAGGGUGAAUGUUUGUAGGAGCGGGGGGAGUUGGAGGGGCUAGGACAGGCUGCAGGUGUGUCUCAAACAACGUAACGAGCAGGGCAUUGCCAUAGGGGACACAUGAGGGACAAAGAAUUUUAGAGUUUGAAGCCAGAUGUUUAUAGAAUCUCGGGGUUUGUGCUUCAACAAAUUUUGCAUUUUAGCUUAAUGGAAAACUAUUGCUUUUAAUUUUUUUUAUUUUUACAUUUAUUUGUUUAUUUGAAAGACAGUUACAGAGAGAGGGGCACAGAAAGAUCCCUAGUUCACUCCUCAAAUGGCCCUAGGAGCCGGGGCUGGGCCAGGUGGAAGCCAGGAGCCUGCGUCUCCCUCCCACUCUCCCAUGCAGGUGCAGGGGCCCAAGGAGUUGAACCGACUUCUACUGCUUUCCCAGGCGUUUUAGCAGGGAGCUGGAUCGGAAGCGGAGCAGCCAGGACUUGAAGUGGCACCGUGUGGGACGCCAGCAUUGCAGGCAGCGGCGUAACCUGCUGUGCCAGCCCUGUCAUUUUGUCUUUACUGAGGUCAGGGCUGACUCUUCAUUCAAAUCCUACCCAGGUCUCAGCUGAGAUCACGACAGGGUGUGUCCUCACCGUCCCCUCCAAACCCCCACUCCUGUAACCAGCCGGGCUCCCUCGGUGCCCGCGAAGCUCCCGGCACAAACGGAAGCCAGUGGUUUGCCUCCCCAGGGAGCUGCGGGCCUGCUCUGAGGUGAGCACUCCUGUGUUUGAGACACAUCCAGCCAUGCUUGCAUGUGGAGGCACUAUAUAAGUUGAUUUCCUGAUGGUCAUGGGUCAUCCAAGCAGUGUUCUGGGCUCAGUGUGCCAGCAGGGUGCGGGAUGGGAAGAGUGCCUUCCACGUGGGAAUGAUUAGUUGAGUUCUUUAAUAAGAGCAUAAUUGGCUUGAAUAGAGACAGGAGUUUAUUGUAAAGAUACUGGUUGCUUUUGGAGUUUAAGGAGAAACUGUUAAUAUAUAUAUAUGGGUCAGGAAGGACAAAAACCAAGCCGACUCCAGGAAUCUGUAGCAGGCGCUUGUGUGUCGUGGGUUCAGGUUGUCACUCACUGUCUUCGCACUCUCAGGGAGGAAGUUUCUAGUUGGCUUGGCUUUGUGUGUGCCUACCCCAGAGUGGAAACGGGAUCGUCGCCCGGGAAGAGCAGUGUCUGUUGGGCGGCGGCAGAACAGCAGCGCUGUGACCCGAGGUGCAGAGUAAGGGCCGAGCCAGGUGACGGUGGGGCCAUUGGCUGCACCUCUGCACCAAGAUCAGAUCCCAGAGAGGGGCUGCGGCCCCGAAAGUGCGUGAGAUGGCGUGCGAGGCGGUAACGCGACUCCUCCUGAGGGUCACCUAAGCCAGCCUGGCUUUGAAAUCCGAGGCGUUCAGAUAAGUCCUGAAUAUCUGCACUGUCGGAGAAGCUGAGAGCGACUUUUACUAUCGGAUAGCAAGAUCAGGUGGAGAGCGGUGAGGGCUCGGGGUGAGCGCUGUCCAAGUGCAGGCCUUAGGAUUUCUACCACGUGUUUCCCUGUUCCGUGCACCCCUGUUUUCCCCAGUGUCAUGGUCAGGACUGUGUGAGCGGUCUACAACAUUCCAAGGGACCAGCGUUCCCUGGGGUCAGUUUCAGGUUAAUGUUUUGGAUGUCAAGAGAUGUUUUCCUUCAGAAUUUGUAAGGGUGGUCUGGGCUAGUCCUGGGAUCAAGCUAGCUUGUACCUUAGCUCCGAUCCAGCCUGGGUUUAGUGGGAUUGUCGAGGGGCCAUGCCUUUCUCGCUGCUCACUUCCUGCUGUCUUGUCUGACGCCCCGCCGUGCUGUGCUUGCUUUGUGCGGAAUGAUCUGAGUCCAGAGCCACCUGCCUGCCCCGUGUGCCCCACGCCUUCCUCCCGGUGAGCAGGAAGCACUCAGAGGGAGCUGAUUCAUGUUGAGGGAGCGCCCUUGCCCCUUAGCGCCUGCGCUGGAGGGCUGAGGUUGCUGUGGAGGGCUCGUCUGCAUGCGGCUGUCAGGACUUUGUCUGCUUCUUGAGAGCCUCUGGGAACGUGGGGCUGGGGCCAGCUUCCAGGAGGCUUUUUUUUUUUUAAGAUUUAUUUGCUUACUUGAAAGAGAGAGCAGGCAGAGAGAUCUUCCAUCUGCUGGUUCACUCCCAGAUGGCUGUAAUAGCCGGAGCCGGGCCACUCUGACGCCAGGAGCUUCGGAAUUCCAUGUCUCCCACGUGAGUGCAGGGGCCCAGGGCUUGGGCCGUCUUCCGCUGCUCUCCCAGGUGCAUUAGCAGGGAGCUGGAUCAGCAGUGGAGCAGCCGGGACUCGAACCGAUGCCCAUAUAGGAUGCCAGACUGCAGGCAGCAGCUUUCCCCACUCCACCACGGCUCCAGCCCCGCCUCCGGGAGUUGUUAGGCCCACCAAGAUCAGAUGAACAUUUCAAAAAGCGGAUGUGGUAGAAAUUUGAGGAUUAGAGCCUUUUACUACUGUAAUUGUCAGGUAAAUGAUGGGUCCCGUGUCUUCCCUCAAGUCCUCACUAGUCACUCAUCCACCCAUUCCCCACUGUGGCCACAAUGAUUGCUCCUAACACGAGCGUUUUCACAGCCCUCUGCUCCUCCAUCAUAUUCCUGCCUGCUCUGUCCGGGAGUCUGAGCCGCUGCAGAGCAAGGCGGCCAGCUCGCUGUCCUCACCCAGCACCGGCUGCGACCUGUGCAGGGCAGGCCCACAGGAAGUAAGGGGGGAAGACGUGCACUUGCCCGGUGGGAGGGCUGCACACACCCACGGCCUGCAAGCACGGUGCGUCUCCUCACAGAAGUGUCAGCCGUGGGUAGCGUUAGCCCCGUGUACCAGGUCAGGUCACGUGACACGUGCGAGGUGGCACACCCAGCCAGCGGCACAGCCGGGAUCGGCAGCAAGUAGGCCGAUGGGAGGGGCUUUUCCAUGGAACUGCACCGCCUUCCGCGAACCCCUUCCCAUCAUGAUGCUCUCAUGUUGGAAUGCCAGGAGACAACACGGAAUGGCGCUGCGGCAGAGUUUGGGAAAAUGUGUGCGAAUUCCCGUGGUUAGUGGGGCGCCCUGUUCCAGAAUCUGACUUUCCUAUGCGGUUUUUGCUCAGCUUUUCCUGCAGCUCAAGCAGGGCGUUUGUGCGCACUUCACCCACGUCUCCCGAGCCCCGAGGUUUUCCCACUGCGACUUCAGUGGCAGAACUUCUGCUCCGAGGGGUGGGGUAGAGAUGAACAGUGGGAAAGGAGUGGGCCGGAGACAGCAGCAGCGAUCCCUACAGCCCGGCUUAAGAGGACUGGACGUGGGCUUUUUCUGCUUUUUGGUCAUGGAGAAGUGUGAUGCCUUCAGUAGAAACCAGGCUUUGGAUUGUGAGCUUGGACCUCUUCCGGGUUAGCACUGUGUGGUCUGUCGUUCGUGACACUGGCAUCGGCCACCAGGGAGACCCCUGACGCUGCGCGGGGGUGGCCAGUGGGUUACAUGGACGUGUACUGCUGGUGUUUUAUCCGGACACAACCCUGUCGUGAGUUAGGGAGCAUCUCUGUUUAUGCACGAGAUGCACUGUCUUCAUAGUUAGAACGUGCGGUUUGAUGUGCCAGCAAAGUUACUCUGUCUGGAUCAGGAAGGGACAUUGAAUACGCCGAGCGCCACAGCUGGCCUGAUCUGAGACCUGAGCACAGAGGAGUAGAAAGGCGGGAGGGUUCCGUCCGCCCCGCCAGCCGCGCGGCUCUGCUAGGCCACUCACGGCACGCGCGGCUGCACUCUUGGUGUAGCUUUUACCCUGUUGUGCUCAGGUUGUUAAGUGCCAUCCCCAACCUCCUGUUGUUAAGACAGAGAAAUGCAGAACGUUUUCUGCUUGUAGCAGACUAGGAAAGAGCCGUUGUUUCCAAGGUUUAAUAAGUAAAGGUGUAAAAACAAGGAUCUUUUUUCUUUAUAUUUAUUUGUUUGAAAGGCAAAGUUAGAGAAAGAUAGGUCGCCCAUUCUCUGGUUCACUCCCCAGAUGGCCAAAGCCAGGACUCCAUCCAGAUCUCCCACUUGGGUGCAGGGGCCCCAGCACUUGGGCCACUACUGCUGCUUUCCUAGGCCACAGCAGGGAGCUGGAUCAGCAAUGGAGCAGCUGGACUCAAACCAACACUCAUGGGACGCUGGCAUUAUAGCAGCACACAGACCUGCCCCGGUGUUACUCAGAGACAAACAGGGAGCGUGUUCAUUGGAGGAGAGCACAAAGACGGACGCCGUCCCAAAGGAUGCGAAAGUAGGAGGACGUUGCUGCUUGGCGCAGCUGCAGAUUCGCCCGAGCGAUGGAGGGGCUGCUGCACUACAUCAACCCGGCGCACGCCAUCUCCCUCCUGAGCGCCCUCAACGAGGAGCGCCUCAAGGGGCAGCUGUGCGACGUGCUGCUCAUCGUGGGCGACCAGAAGUUCCGCGCGCACAAGAACGUGCUGGCCGCCAGCAGCGAGUACUUCCAGAGUCUGUUCACCAACAAGGAGAACGAGGCGCAGACCGUGUUCCAGCUCGACUUCUGCGAGCCGGACGCCUUCGACAACGUGCUCAACUACAUUUACUCCUCGUCGCUGUUCGUGGAGAAGAGCAGCCUCGCCGCCGUGCAAGAGCUGGGCUACAGCCUGGGCAUCUCCUUCCUGACGAACAUCGUUUCCAAGACCCCUCACGCCCCCUUCCCGGCAUGUCCCAACAGGAAGAAAGCGUUCGCAGACGACGACGAGAACAGUUCUCAGAAGAGAAGUGUCAUCGUUUGUCAGAGCAGGAACGAAGCACCAGGAAAAGGCGCCGGGCAGAACCCGCCGGACCUCGGCCACGGUUCCCGGCCCUCCGCCAGCGUGCCGGUGAAGACCAGCACCGGGAAGCCACACGCGCCAAAGGCCGCCGAGCAGAUCCACAGCUUGGCGUUCACGGAGAAGACCUGGCCCAAAGAUAGCUGUGCGGGACCGGCCAAGGCUCCCGAGCAGCCCGGCUCCCUGGCGGACGCCACCAGGAGCAGUCUGGGGAAGAGGAACGCGGCGCUGCCUUCCAAGCCGCCCCAGGACAGGGAAGGCGUGGAUGAGAAGGUGGGCGCGCAGCUUCCCAAGGGAAAAGCCAUCGAGCUGGCCCUGAGAAGACCGCGGCCGCCCGUCCUGGCUCUCCGGAGCGCGUCCGAGACCCCCUACCUGGUAAAAGAAACCAACAAGGGCAGCGGCCAGGGCGAGGACAGAAACCUGCUGUACUACUCCAAGCUGGGCUUGGUGAUCCCGUCCGGCGCGCCGCGGCCCGCCGACCAGAGCAUCGACAGGAGCGGCCCGCUCGUCAAGAGCCUGCUGCGACGGUCCCUGUCGAUGGACAGCCAGGUUCCUGUCUACUCGCCCUCCAUCGAGCUGAAAUCCCCCCAGGGAGCACCUGUGCUGUCUGGCGAUGCGGCAGGGAGUGUCUUCUGUGCGUUAUCGCAGAAGUCAUCUUUGAAAGAUAGCAGCGAGAAGCCGGCCCUGGACGACAGGCCUCCAGCGCUGCAGCCGCACCGCCUCAGGUCCUUCAGCGCUUCCCAGUCCACGGACAGGGAGGGGGCCUCCCCGGUGACGGAGGUGCGCAUAAAGACCGAGCCCAGCAGCCCGCUCUCGGAGCCCUCGGACAUCAUCCGGGUCACCGUGGGGGACGCCGCCGCCGCCUCGUCGCCGCUGGUCACGAGAGACCUGCCUGUCAAAACGGAAGACGACGCUAAGGACAUGAGCAGACUCCCGGCCAAGAGGAGGUUCCAGGCGGACAGACGGCUGCCCUCCAAGAAGCCCAGGGCGAGCGAGCACGGGUCGCCGGGGCCGGAAGAUCACUUCGAGGAGGGCUCGAGCCCCACCCUCCUCAACGCCGAUCAUUUUGCAGAUUCUGAUUUGAAUAAAGACGAAUUUGGUGAGUUGGAGGGGACGAGACCAAACAGAAAGUUUAAGUGCAAACACUGCCUUAAGAUCUUUAGAUCAACGGCGGGCCUCCACCGCCACACUAACAUGUACCACAACCCAGAGAAGCCCUACGCUUGUGACAUCUGUCACAAGAGGUUUCACACCAACUUCAAAGUCUGGACACACUGUCAGACCCAACACGGCAUAGUGAAGAACCCGUCACCAGCCGCUAGCUCCCAUGCGGUUUUGGAUGAGAAAUUCCAGAGAAAGCUGAUUGACAUAGUGAGGGAGAGAGAGAUUAAGAAGGCGCUGAUCAUUAAGCUGAGGCGCGGCAAGCCGGGCCUUCAGGGCCAGAGUAGCUCGCAGGCACAGCAAGUCAUCAAGAGGAACUUGCGAUCGCGGGGCAAAGGAGCACACAUUUGCACCCACUGUGGAAAAGCCUUCCGCUUUCUCUCGCAAUUUAAGCAGCACAUAAAAAUGCACCCGGGAGAGAAACCCCUUGGAGUACAUAAAGUGGUUAAGCCAAAAGCGCAGGCUCCUCUCGCCAGCCCGGCAGAGGACAAGGAGGUUUACCAGUGCCGCCUCUGUAAUGCUAAGCUCUCUUCUCUCGUAGAGCAAGGAAGCCACGAGCGCUUGUGCCGGAACGCGACCGUGUGCCCCUACUGCAGCCUCAGGUUCCUUUCGCCCGAGCUGAAGCAGGAGCACGAGGGCAGGUGCGAGCACAGGAAGCUGACCUGCCUGGAGUGCAUGCGCACCUUCAAGUCCUCCUUCAGCAUCUGGCGGCACCAGGUGGAGGUGCACAACCAGAACAGCAUGGCCCCCUGCCAGAGCUCCCCCGGGCCCGCCCUGGACCACGACGGCGAAGUCACGGGCGCCUCCAGGCCCCAGCCCCAGCCCGAGCCCAGCAAGGGGAACCAUGUGGCCGCCACCAAGGACGACGGCGUGUUCAGUGACUCCUCGGAGCAGGCCACCUUCGACUCGGAGGAUUCCGCCUGCCUCCCCGAAGACCUCAGCCUUUGCAAGCAGCUGAAAAUCCAAGUCAAAGAGGAGCCCGCGCCGGAGGCCGAGGACGCGGCGCCCGAGGCCAGCCCCGCCCCCAGAGAGGCGGCCGCCAGCAAGGACGCGGGCUUGUGGCCCUGCGAGAAGUGCGGGAAGACGUUCACCGUGCACAAGCAGCUGGAGCGGCACCAGGAGCUGCUGUGCUCGGUGAAGCCGUUCAUCUGCCACGUGUGCCACAAAGCGUUCCGCACCAACUUCCGGCUCUGGAGUCACUUCCAGUCCCACAUGUCUCAGGCUACAGAGGAGGCGGCGCACAAGGAAUCGGAAGCAGCGUGCCCCGUUCCCACGAACUCGCCCUCGCCCCCGCCCCUCCCCCCAGCCCUGCCCAAGAUCCAGCCGCUGGAGCCUGACAGCCCCACGGGCCUGUCCGAAAACCCCGCUCCUGCCACGGACAAACUGUUCGCACCCCAGGAAUCGGACACGCUCUUCUACCACGCCCCCCCCCUGUCGGCAAUCACAUUUAAGCGGCAGUUUAUGUGCAAGCUUUGCCACAGGACUUUCAAAACUGCGUUCAGUCUUUGGAGUCACGAACAGACGCACAAUUAAGAGAUCGGCGCUCGUGCCCUGUUACGAAACGGGAGGCCCUCUCUGGAGUCCACCCGCGUUGUGAAAUGUGUCAUGAGAAACAAAAUACUUUUCAAAAAAGUAACAAAGGUUGGAAAUUGUUAUGCUUGAAUUUUACGUUUUUUUUUUGAGAUAAAACUGGUAUUCAUUAGUACUGUCCUUACUCAACUUUAGGAAUAAAUAUAUUGUGGUUCCAGACCUUACAGUAACAAGAUAGCUUGAUUUUGUUAUUGUUGAAAUUGGAUUAGACUUGGUUGUUUGCAUGGUUGCUCAUUCCAAGGUGUCAGUAUCAUCAUUCAAUUGAGGUUUCUGGUUUUUGUUCUGUUUUGUUUUUUACUGAUUUGUGACUCGUGGAAAGCUGUCAAAGGAUUUCUUCUUUUGAUUAUUCAACACCUAAGUUAACACCUGUUAAAUCCUAGCCACGUGCUCAGGCCCACAGCUGUAUCAGGACGUGGGCAGUGUGCUGUGUGGAUUUAGAUCUUAGAACACUUUAGCAAUAAAAAGAUGAUAAAACCUCAACUUCAAUAAGUUAUCCUGACACUUGAUAAAAAAUAUUUGGUAUUUUGUGGUCAUGUAGAUCUUUUGUAUGAACAUUGUAAAAAUUUAAAUCAGCAAUAGUAACACUUUAGAUUUUUACAAAAUGACAAAACUUGCUCUCAGCCACCUGACGUAAGGAGCGAUGGCCAGACCUAAGGGAAGCUGGGAAAUGGGAAGGCGAUUGCGGAAGUCCACCUGUGGCCCUCGGCGAGCGUGGGACACCCGCAGCCAGGGGCAGACCCACUGGAGGGCCUCUGCGUGGUUUCCUCGAUUUGAAGCUGUCACACACCGAAAACCCCGCGUGCAGCUGGCGCAGAGGCUAGCCGACGUGUGGCACUGGUUUGAGCGACAGACGAGGUCAGGGCCGCACACAGGCAGAUCCCCCAGCCUGGGGACGGCGCCCUCAGCUGGGCGGGGCGCAGCACGGCUCCCACGGCUUUUCAGAAGCAGUGCACGCAGGAGACCCUUGUCUUGCCUCUGUCCUGUGCAGUGACCUCUGGCGGGACUUGUGGGCAUCUACGGUUACUGUGCCGCUCGCUCCCUGUUUAAAGUCUCGUGAACGUGAGCUAUCAAGGGUCCAGCGUUAGUUUUUGCUACUUUUGGCCCAUAGGGUUUGGGCUCUUUCUGUUCUCCUUUUUCCUGUUCUGUACAAGUUGUCAUUAGACGCCGUGCCGUAGGUCUUACCCAAAGUUCCAUGCGGUGUUGGGAAAGGCAACCUUUGAUUUCACCAUAUGGGAGGAGGUUAGAGAUGUGAAAGAAAUUGUGAAGCCACAGUAGUCUAAGGUCGUGAUCCCAAUUAAAUCUUCAGUUUUCUAAGUCUUCUUACAAGCUGGUCUUUCAGAUAGAAAAAUGAACCCCGUGCUGAGAUCGCCCCAAGUCUGUGCUUGAGACGAGCGCUCUGCCCGCAGUCUGGGUGCCCGCGUCCACAGCAGCGGGGGGACAGAGCCGGAAGAAGGAGCAUUCGCGUGAAAUACCAAUUGACUUUGUGCAGAUCAGAAAUGCUAUGUACAAUUUUCCUUUUAUUCUUUCACCUGGGGAAAAAAAUCCCAAACUACUUUAGUAGUUACUGUUUUGUUCUUCGAUGGGAAAAGGGAAACAAAACGAGAUUCAGUUCCUGACUGUUCCCUGAAGAGAUCUAUGCAUCUUAGAGGUAAGACCAGUGCGGCACGUGGCAUCUCGGCCUGGGCCUCUUGGUAGCCGUCACUGCUUCUGAACAGAGACGUUUCCCUCAGAACGCGCGUGCGUGGUGAGCGCAGCCGGGUUGAUUCCGUGGCACCUGCUAUCUUGGCAUUGUAAACUCACCAUCCUAGGACUUGAACCUUUAUUCUACACUUUUGAAGAUUUUUUUAAGAAUAGUGCUGUUAAUCAGUAAAAAAAAAAAAUAUUUUUGAUCUAAAUAUAGACUGCAUAACAUGUUAGAUUUAAACAGUUACCAGUGUUCCGUAUUCACAUUUUUGUCUAGGCAGGAAAUAGAAGAUUUCAAGUAAAAUUUUGAACCAAAAACAUUUAUACCGCAGUUCUGGGUUUUCUAUUACUUUUUAUACUGUACCUUAAAAAGCAGUAGGCUGAAAGAGUUUAUUUUGGUGGUCAAAAAAAUAAAAUAUGCUUCUACUCGUGUAAACUAUUUUAAAUGUUGCGAAGUAAAAUAAUAAGAGACACAUUCGUUGUUUCAUUCAGUUAGAGAGUGCUCAUCUCGCCUGUGGGCAGGCGUUGGCCUCUCCUUACCGGAGCUCCGUGGCUGGGGAAGACACUCUGGGGAUGUUUUUCCUGACUGUAAUUAAUGUCUGGAUGUGUAGAAAACGCACUGUUCCUUGUAAGUAUCGAGGAUGCCUGCUUUUUUAUGCCGUUGUGGAAAGAAUGUAAAAUGUUUUAAUAUAUUCUUUGUUAAUCUAAGAAUCUUAUUGAGUCAUUUUCUUUAUGUGGGGGAGGGGGGAUCACAGGAAACGUGCUUUUAUCAGUCGAGUAAGCAAUGGAGAUAACAAACAGCAUGGCUGGCCCUAGGCUGUCCUGGUUCAGGCUGGGUCGCCCAGUGUUCACCUUUAAACUGGUUGGCGUUGGCCUGCAUUUGUCACUUUGCCAGAACCGUUCAGUGACUUGUUUGCAUUUCUGGAGAGGUGAGCUGAAUCCUGGGGGUUCGGGGUGGAUCGUUUGUUUUUCCCCUUCUCUGUGAAAAUUGGUCCUCAGCGCCCUCCAGAGCCACACGUGGCCCCACUGGUGCUAAGGAGAGCAGCGGCUGCGCGCGAGACCGAGGGCCUGGUCAGGGAGGGGCAGACAAGCAGCAGAACCAAAGUUGGCCUUUGUUGCAUGUGUGUGUGUGUGUGUGCGCACGCGCCAUAACCUGGAACUUUUUACGAAGUAAAAUUACCCAAAUUUUCUUAGUACGACAACUACUCACCAUUCCUAACACUUCAUUUUAAAUUGUCUGGUCAGCCAUCACUGGAAUAUUACAAAUCCGCCCAUCAGGUCCGAUGUCUCUGAGGUCAGAAGGCAGUGCUGGCGUGAUUGACGCUAGAAGUGUUCUUUAACACUGGCUACUGAACUUGAGUUUUUGGAGCAGGUUUUUCCCUCCCCUGUGGCUUCCGCACUUUAAGACACUUGGGUGUUUGUGCAAUUCCCAGGCGCCCCCACCAGUCCGGGUGUGCCCCGGCCCCGCCCCGCCACAACGGGGAGAAUCCGAGUCUGGAUUCUGGGGGAGGGAGAAAAAUGCGGUAACGGCAGGGUGUUGCAGUUCCUUUCAGAAGCAGUCAUUUGGGAACCAAAGUGUUUUACUGUAACAGUUGAACUCAGGGCUCCGGGUUCUGUGCUACCCAGACUCCCCACAGAGCCCUCCGUGGUUAAUACUAACUGUCAUUUCUUACUGACCUUAAUCCAAGACUUUGCAGUUUUCCACCGAAUACGUAUUUGCUGUUACAAAUGAGUGGUUUUAUAACUUUUGUCAUCCUAUGCCUUAGCAGAGCGAGCCGUUCAAUGUUACUUAGGGAUCAGCUUUUGUGGACUCGCUGGCUCGUAGUGAAGUGGGAUUUCUAUCUGAUGUUAAUCCAUUGCUUACUUGUACCCAAUUCUGUUUUCCGUUUACUUUGCUUAAACCUUAACUGAGAUGAUUGGAGUCAAUAAAUUUGUACUGUAUUUUGCCUCGA